GAGAAGCAGUCACUCGUGUCUCACAUUCAGGUAUUCCAUUGUCAUUGCUUGGUCGGCAGAGAAGGAGGAUAUAGAGGGCAUAAGUGGUGAGCAUAUAAGAGGUGUGAAGCUACACUGAAGGGAGCGCUUUUAUAAGAAGUCUUUGACGAGGGAAACUGCAGCCGCCAAUGAUGGCACACACGACACAAAUCUCCAAAGAUGAACUGGAAGAGUUAAGGGAAGCAUUUGGUAAAGUUGAUCUGGACAGCAGUGGAUACAUAUCAGAUUAUGAGCUCCAUGAUCUAUUUAAAGAAGCCAACCUUCCUCUUCCCGGAUACAAAGUGCGAGAGAUCAUUCAGAAGCUGAUGAGUGAUGGCGAUAAGAAUAAAGAUGGAAAGAUUUGCUUUGAAGAGUUUGUUUUUCUUGUACAAGAGUUGAAAAGUAGUGACAUUGCCAAAACCUUUCGGAAAGCAAUCAACCGCAAACAGGGAAUUUGUGCCAUCGGAGGGACCUCAGAACUAUCUAGUGAGGGCACCCAGCACUCCUAUUCAGAGGAGGAAAAGUAUGCCUUUGUCAACUGGAUAAAUAAGGCAUUGGAGAGCGAUCCAGACACCAAGCAUGUGCUCCCCAUGAAUCCAAAUACCAAUGACUUAUUCCGGGCUGUAGGAGAUGGCAUUGUGCUGUGUAAAAUGAUUAACCUCUCUGUACCUGACACAAUUGAUGAAAGGGCAAUAAACAAGAAGAAGCUGACUCCCUUCACUAUCCAGGAAAAUCUGAACUUGGCGCUAAACUCUGCCUCUGCUAUUGGCUGCCAUGUAGUUAACAUUGGCGCAGAAGAUCUUAAGGCUGGAAAACCUCAUCUGGUGUUGGGGCUCCUGUGGCAGAUUAUAAAGAUUGGUUUGUUUGCAGAUAUUGAACUCAGCAGGAAUGAAGUAAUGAGCAAAUCGGUUCACACUGCUAUGUCCAAUUCCGAUUCGUUCAUCUCAUUAAUUUACAAGUGGCAGAAGAACUGUCCCGAGUCUCGAGAGAAAAGCUUACUCUUGCACAUGCGCCAUUACUGUGUGAAGCUACACUGA